GCAAAUCCGCCAGCGGCCUUGCACAACACAAUUUGACGUUUCUGAUUUGCACUUGUUUUGCAAAAAAAUAAAACAUACACACACAACACUACUUCACUUUUCACACGAGUAGUCUGUCUUCGGACACAAAAUUUCUUUCGACUUUUCCUAGUGGAACAACGUACCGCCAGAUCGCAUCAUAAUAAUGGCCGCUUCUCUUCUGCUGAGGAACGCUUGCCGUCGUACGCUGCUGCAGGGCUACCAGAGCACCAAUGCCGCGCUGCCCCUGUUGGCCGCCCGUACGAUCGUCCUUAAACCGGUGCAGGCGGACGUCCGUCCCGGGGAGUCGCACGAUGACCGAAACGCACGACUGAAGCGUCCCCAGUCUCCCCAUCUGACCAUCUACAGCUUCCAGCUGACGAGCAUGCUGUCGAUUACGCACCGUUUCACCGGUCUGGCCCUGACCGGAUAUAUAACCGCGCUCGGACUGGGCGCGCUUGCCAUGCCCCACGAUGCCACCCACUAUCUGACGAUGCUAGAGGGGCUCAGCGCACCGACGCUGAUUGCGCUCAAGUUCACCAUGGCCUACCCGUUCGCGUACCACACGGUCAACGGUGUGCGCCAUCUGUUCUGGGAUAUGGGCAAGUUCCUGACGAUCAAGGAGGUGUACACCACCGGCUACACGAUGCUGGGCGUGUCCGGUGUGCUGGCGGGACUGCUGACCGCACUGUAAGGCGCAACGCUCGGAGCGAGGGUACCGGAUCGUAGAGCGGUGAAGAGGCGCGUGUGUUGUUGGUGUUUUGUACAAAAUAAAACGCGAAUGUUAUGGAAGGUAUCGGAAAGGAGGCUCUAAAUUUCGAAGCAGUGCUAAUUUAUUGAACCCCGUUGCGUAGUAGUGGAGACGAACAAAUCAAUUGUCGAAAUAAUAAACCAAAUUAACACACAAACUAA